GUACACAGGGUAAUAUCAGUCUUGAGUGUGUGACUAGUUGGUGUUUCAAAAGGAACUGAAAGGAGGACAGUCACAGAUUCUCAGAAGAAGUUCUCUGCGGACUGGUCUGGGCUGUGAUGGACACUCAGAGACUCAUCAGACUUUUUGGCAUCUCCUUCACUGCAGCCUGUCUGCUGACCACAUCCCAGGGCAUUAAUAUUGAGAUGCCAAGAUCUGUGAAGGCGGUGGUUGGCAGCUGUGUACUGGUCCCCUGCCAAACCCAGUCCCAUACCAGGGUAAACUGGUAUAAGCACCAGUCAAUGGGCUGGCCUGUCAUUUAUGAUGAGAAGAAACCUCUGGACGUAAUCUCUGAAUUUCGAGGACGUACUUCAGUGCCAGGGCAUCCUUCAGAAGGGAACUGCACCCUCAGGAUCGACAACGUCAGGAUGUCCGAUGGAAUCACACUGUUUCCCUACAUCAACCCAGAGUCUGACAAAUACUACACACCAACUGUCCAGAUACAGCCUCAAUCAACAACCGUUCCUGAGAUAUCGGGCCCAGAGUCACCUGUUACGGAGGGUGAAGUCCUCAACAUCAACUGCAGCAUCCUUCACUCCUGCCCCCCCUCCCCUCCGGCCAUUGAGUGGAGAGGCCUGUCUGUAAACACCACUGAGGUGACCACUGAGAGGCUUGAUACAGGGAUGUGGGUGACUGUGUACACGGUGAGGGUGAACGCUUCAUAUCAUCAGCACAGAAAAGAGGUCCACUGUCGCAGCUCGUUCGGUAAUAGUAUGACAGAGAGCGGAAAUCUGAUUUUGGAUAUCUUAUAUGCACCCAUGAAUGUGACGCUUAAUAGCGAAAACCCCACCAUCGCAGAGCAUGACACCAUCCUCCUGAAGUGUGACAGCAUGAGCAACCCAAGGGCUGUCUCGUAUCAGUAUCUCAUUACAAAUGGGAAGAAUCCUUCACAGGUUAAUUCGAGCAGGGACUCGCUAACCAUUACUGAUGUUCAGAGGAACUUCUCUGCCGCAUGUGCUGCUAACAACGGCAUUGGGACUAGAUGGUCGGCUAAAACAUCGCCUGAUAUCGCCUUUGUCUCCAUCUUGUUGUCAGACUCUUUCUGCUUGGAGACAGACAAGAUGCUGAAAUGCGUGUGUCGGGUGGAGGCCCACCCUGACGCCAUUGUGACAUGGAUGCUCAAUGGCAGUGCUGAUCUCCCAACAUCAGUCGUCCCCACCAUCACCAUAAAGGGCAACAUCAGGUCAUAUGAGGUCAUGCUGGAAGGGGAACUAGCAAAGCAGAGGCCAGUUGUGUGUGUGGCAAAGACUCCCUACAGCAAUACGACUCAGCAGAUGACCAUAAAGGCUGCAAACACAUCCUUUCCGUGGAUUCCUAUUUUGGCCGGUGCGUUUGGAUUUCUAGGCUUAUGUGGACUGUUGAUUUGUUGCUGCCGGCCAAAAAAAAAAAGGGAAUCCAGAAGCUCAGAUAGAUCUGGUUCACUCAACAUCAACAUGGAGAGACCAGAGGGGGCGCCGAAAGCUGAAGCGAAAAGUAUGAGGACCCAGAAGCUUGAAGAGCACAAGUUGCGUAACGACGGCAAAAAGGAUGAGCAUGCAACGGAGUCGGAUCCCAUCUAUGAUAAUGACACUUUUCUUCAAUGCCGGUGGACUCAGCAGGAAGAAGAGGAUAUAUACCUGAAUGACUUUGAGGGUGAAGGUGCUGGGAACAUUUACUUGAACACUUGAAUGGGAACAAUCAAUAUAUUGCAUCAUCAUUGGCUACAUUACAGUGCCAAGUAGAUAUUUUGAGUGACAUACUGCUCAACACCUAAAGAUGUAGGAUGUAUUAUGAAUGUACUAAUACUUUUAUAUAUGUUGCGCAUUUAUUGUUUAAUCAUUUUCCUCUAAUGUUUGAAUAUUUUUCAUGAACGCUGUGUGUGUGUUUAUAUAAUGUAAUAUAGUUGAUUGUAGUUAAGGCUCCUAUGCUAUGAUGACAUAGGGUCAUGCUCGGCACACAUGCAAAUUCCUACGAUAUGACUGUGAGAUGCAUAUAUUUGAAUGCCCUGGUACUUUUAUAAUCAUGUUAUCUUGAUGUUGAAAUAAAUACCUGUGUGCA